UAAAGUUUAACAAUUUAUGGGUUUCCUACAAUAAUUAUUUAUAAAGUAUAAUAAUUACAAUUAAUAAUAAAUAAACAAUAAAUCACUUAUAACGAUGGCAAUGGGUUUAAUGGAAACUUCUGUAGAUUAUAGCACAAAUAUACAAAAGUGUGGAGAAAUAACUUUUAGGUUGGAGUUUGACAAAAAAAUUUACGGACUUCACUGUGUGUUUUGCAGUGCGAUAUGUUUACAAUUUGAUGCAUUUAUAAAGCAUAUACAAGAAGAACAUGAAGCUCAACUUACGGGUUUACAUUCAGUGAUGAAAGAAGAGCUACAUUUGGAAGCUGAACAGCGCGGUAACGAAACGUAUAAUAAUGGCUUACGAUGGAAAAAUGAAAGAAAAAAGAACCAAAAGUUUGAUGCUGCAGUGGAAACUUAUAUUGUCAAAGAAGAACCAAUGGAAUCCGAAACGAAUGGCUUUAAUGAGAUGAUAAGUAAAGUGGAAACUGAUCUUAGUGAUAGUGGUGAUAAUAGUCUGGCGGCAAUAAAUGUAAUGCAGUAUUCUAAUGAGUUUAGAGCCGUACUGGAUGAUAGUCAAUUAGCUUUUGAAAAUUGCUCAAAAGCUAAUCUUGAAACGGUCGUUUUGAGAAGGGUUUCCAAAUUAGAAAAAGACCUUGAAAGGACAACAAAUCUUUUGAGCAAAUUGAGUGCUGAGAUGCUGAAAGUUAAACGUGACGUUAACAAAAUAACGAAACACAAUGAAAUCGAUGAGAAGGAGUUACCAAUACAGUCCUAUGAAGUUGUUGAGGAUUUUUUGAAGUUUGAUGAAAAAUAUAAGGACCCCGAAAAACUGAAACUACUGUCAAAUAAUUUUCUUCAUAUUAAUGCACCUACAAGUAUCGCCUAUGUUUUUAAGUGUUGGCGUUCACUGUUAAAAGAUAACGCCGCUAAAUAUCUCAACUGGACAGGUACAGGCAGCAAACAUCCAGUACGAACUUUGGCAAGUACUACAGCCAUAAGAGAUGCUUUCGCCCGGAAAUAUCCCAAUGAUCCAAUUGAAGUAUUUGAAUCGAAAACGAAAAAAUUCUUUCUGUAUGCUAGUGAUCGAAUUUCUAAGAGGCGACAACAAAAAUAGCUUAUCUUUAGAUACAGAUUCCGAAAAAUACUCUUCCAUUUUUACGUCAUGGAAUGGCACUGAUUUAUAUAUUUGAGAAAAUUCCAUUUUUUAAAAGGAUUAACUUUUUAAACGCUCGGUGAUCGAAUAAUGGAACACUUGGUUCACCUGCAUAUGCCAGAUAGAUCACUGUCAAUGAAAUAAAAUGGGACGAUAUCCUUUGAAAGAUAAUUGAAAUCACCGAAAUAAUUUGAAUUUUCUAAUAAAUUUGAAAAUUUUCCUUCUCUAGUAAAAUGAUGCAAAAGUUUGGUUCGGUUUAUUUGAAAACUUUCCGCAUUUACUAACACUUACAAUGGCUUAUAAUCUUAAACUAGAUAGCUGGAUAAUUUCUUUUGAUUAUUUUCAUGGACCAGCUGCUGUGUUUUCGUUAAACGAACUAUAUGUACUGUGUUUAUGGAAGUAAUUGUUUAAGCGUGUCUCCUCUGAGCCAGAUUGUACUCAUGACUAAGUUUAUUAAUUACAGAAAAUUCUAAAUAUUAAUCUAAUUUGAUUAAUUGUCCCAAAUACAAUAAUAACCAAAGACAAAGUUUAUCAGAUUUCGAGGAAGAUUUAAAUAGUAUCUAUUCAUCUGCCUUCUCUUAAAUA